UUGACGGCAGAUGCCUUUGCAGCAGAGAGGACCACGGAGGAUGUGUUUGUAGUGUUGCGGGACAAAAUGCGGAUAUGUUUGAACAGUGUUUUGGCGACAUUUAAACUGCCUGAUCUGAUGAGCGUCUGAGGGAAAAACACCUCGUCUCCGAAAACCGCAGUAUCAGGAGGACAGUCUCAACUGGUCCGGAUGGGAUGGAUGGGACGGCUUGAACGGUGCACUUCUGCAAGACUCACCCCCACUCACGUAAGGGAAUGUAUUACUGAGGCCAGUCUUUCCUCUUACUAAAACAGCCUGGAUGAUCUGUUGACAACAGUCCCUCACAACUGUGGUAACGAUGGAAAGUGGAGUUUUUCUGCCCUGCCUGGAUCAGUUCAUGCUCAGCCCACUUGUCACUUGGGUGAAGACGUUUGUGCCAAAUGAUGGGGGCACGCACUUGGAUUUUUCUGAAUUGCUGGAUGGAGUCUUUUUAAAUGAGAUCAUGACUCAGAUAAAUCCCUCAGCUGCUCCAGAGGGUGCAAACAAAGCGAGCAGGGAUCCGAGUCAGAGGAUCCAGAACCUAAACCUUCUGGUCCAGAGAAUCAGAGCGUAUUAUCUGCAUAAUCUGAGACAAUUGAUCAUGAUUCCUUUGCCCAACGUGUUGCUGCUUGUCAGGACUCCGUACUGUGAACAAAGUCUGGAUGAAAUGAGGAAAAUGUUGCUAUUAUUGCUGGGAUGUGCAGUCCAGUGUGAGAAGAAAGAGGAGUACAUCGAGAGGAUCCAGACGCUUGAUUUUGACACAAAGGCUGCAAUAGCUGCACACAUUCAGGAGUUGACCCACAGUCAGGAGAACUUGCUGGACCUUCAGUGGUUGGAUUCCAGUGAGGUGCACCCAGAUGACAUGGAGGCAGUAGCAAGGAGCAUGGCUACACACCUGCAGCACCUGCUAGACCAGAGGGACACACACCUGGAGACUAUAGCAGAGCUAAUGCAGGAAAAAGACGGUGUUGUUAGCUGGCUCUGUAGCCCCUCCAGCCCGCAGUCCGGUAGCUACUCUCCCAGCAUGCAGCAGCAGCAGGUGGGGACGCAGCAACAUCUAGCGGUAGAGUUGGCUGACUCCAAGGCAAAGAUCAGGCGACUUAGACAAGAGCUAGAGGAGAAGAGUGAGCAGAUGCUGGACAGCAGACACGAACUGGAGAACACGGAGGCAGAGCUGAAGAGGAUCCAGCAGGAGAACUCCCAGCUGCUCGUGGAUGCGCGCGCAGCCCGAACGUACCGUGACGAGCUGGAUGCCCUGAGAGAGAGAGCCAUCAAGGCGGACAAGCUGGAGAGCGAAGUGGGACGCUACAGGGAGCAACUGCACAAGAUAGAGUUCUACAAGGCCAAAGUGGAGGAGCUAAAGGAGGAUAACAGGGUGCUCCAGGAGACCAAGGAGGUAUUGCAAGAUCAGCUGGAAGGCUGGAGGGCUCGCUCAGAUAAAAUCCAUCAACUGGAGAAACACAGUCUGCUGCUGAAUGCCCGCGUCCAUGACAUGGAACAGGAACGAGAGGCCGACAGGAGGCGCAUUGAGGAGCUGCAGGAGGAGAAUCUGGGUUUGUGUUUGGCGCAGAGGAGGAGCAUGGAGGAGUCGCAACAUCUGGGCUGGGAGUUAGAGCAACUUGCUAAGACCACAGAAAACUCUGAGGGCCAGCAGACUCUGAGCGAGGAGGUCAGUGAGAGGACCCGUAGUCGGAUGCUGAAGCUGGAGAAGGAGAACCAAAGCCUCCUGAGGACCAUCGAGGAGCUCAGGGCUACAAUUAACAACAGCACACAAACCAAACAUAUCCACCAGGCAGUGUGCAGCCCCAACCACUGUACUUCAUCAACAGAUCAGUCCCCAGUGUUUCACAUCUCCACAGAAAAUCACACUGAUGUGUUCCCCCUCAGCACAGCAACUCAGCAGAUCGUGAAUGGAGAUUCAGUCUGCCAUCAGCAGCUUCAUACAGAAAAAAGAGCCCAGAGUGAGAUCCUCCUCACAGAUAAUCCAGACCUUCAUAUUCAGGAGAAAGGACAGCUCGAGGAUGGAGGCAGUGGAGACUCUUUCAAAGACAUUAUGUCUGAUCUGGAGGUCUUAGAAAACAAUCACAAUAGGCUCCAUUGUUUUGUCGGAUCUUGUGUUCACUCUCCUGGCUCAAGGAGCAGCAGUCCCUGCCAUGAAAGCGUCUUCACAGGUCUGCCAACACGUACCUCCUAUGCCAGCAAGCACACACAGCGACUGGAGGCCAAGUGCAGGACCCUGGACACAGUUAAUCAGCAUCUACAGGCUUCCCUCGACAACACUGAGCGAAAAGUCCAGCGUCUGGAGGCAGAAGUUCAGGAGCUGGAAGCAGAGAACCACAGUUUGCAAGCCACCUUAGAGGAACUUCGGAUAUCCGCAAGACGUCUGGAGCAACUAGAAACAGAGAAGCAAGGCCUGGAGCAUGAAACCACCACGCUGGAGAGAGACAAGAGGCAGCUGGAGAAAGAGAAUCGACGUCUCCGGCAGCAGGCUGAAAUCCAGGAAGCCAACUUAGACAGCAGUAAUGUCUGCAUGGCAAGCUUGGAAAGGGAGAUGCGUUUUCUAGUGAAGGAGGUGGAGGGGUUAAGAGAAACUGCUGAGAGGGUCAAAGGCCUGGAGAGAGAUAACAGAGAACUGACCAAGCAAUCUGCUAUCGACCAGAAGACACUGGCAACACUCAGAGAGGAGUUGGUGAGUGAGAAGCUGAAGACCCAGCAGAGAGAUAAUGAACUGGAGAGGCUUGCACAUGAACUGGAGAUGAAGGUUCUGAACCAGGAGAGUGGACAGCCAACUGAAGAAGAGACGCCAGACAACAGCAGGUUUAAGAUGUUGGAGUCCGAGUUGGAGAAAUCUCUUAAAAAGUCUCUGCAGAUUAAAGAUGACAAGAUGGCUGCUCUGGAAGCCCGUCUGCAGGAAUCCUCAUCCGUGAACCAGCGGCUUCGCCAGGAGCUGAAGGCGGUGAAGCUGAGCUUUGAGGCCUUGCAACAGAGGCUGGAGGAGGAGUCCACAACAUCAGGCUCCACCCCUCCAAGCGAGACAGGCAAAACUGUUAGCGAAUGGCUGCGUGAAAGCCAAGAGGCGACCAAGGAACUACUGAAGCUCAAAGACCACCUUAUUGAAGUGGAGAGAAAUAAUGCGACACUGGAGGCAGAGCGUCAGGCUGUGCAGGCCCAACUAAAACAGCUGGAAAGUCAGUCUGACAGCCAGCAGGCUCAGAUUCUUGCCCUGCAGAGGCAGGCUGCCUCACUGCAGGAGAACAACACAGCCCUGCAGACACAGAACGCUAACCUGCAGGUGGAGAAGUCUACUCUGAAUUCACAGAGCGCCUCCCUCAUGGCCCAGAACGCUCUGCUGCAGCAGCAGCAGGCUGGGACAGAAAGUGAGCGGGACAGCGCCACACGCGAACGCGAAGAACUGCGUGGGGUUCACGAGCAGCUAUUGCGAGAUCACGAACGCCUGGCAGUUCUGCAUGAGCGGCAAGCCAUGGAGUAUGAAACUCUGAUGGGUAAACAUGGCUGUUUGAAAAACGCCCACCGCACCCUGGAACUGGAGCAUCGUACACUGCAGGACAGAUACAACAGCCUGCUGCAGCAGCGGACCAAGCUAGAAGACCUGGAGAAAGCACUGAAGGAGGAGCAGAUGAGGAUGGCCCUGGAGAAAGAACAGCACAGGACGACUGCUGCCGAAUGCUGCAGGCUCCGCGACGAGAAGGACUGGCUGAACCAGACACACCGUCAGCUUGUUAACGACAACGAGGCGCUGACAGCAGAUCACAAGCAGCUCAAGAGCCAGCUGAAUGAGGCCAAGCUGGAGCACACCUGGCUGGAGGCUGACUUUUCCAAGCUCAAAAAGGAGUUUCAGCAGAUGGACAUUACCUCCACCAAACUCACCAACCAGUGUGAGUUGCUGGGCCAGUUGAAGGGCAACCUUGAGGAGGAAAAUCGCCACCUGCUCUGCCAGAUUGAAACCUUGAUGCUACAGAACCGGACCCUGCUGGAGCAGACAAUGGAAAGCAAGGAUCUGUUUCAUGUUGAGGAGCGACAGUAUAUUGACAAGCUUAAUGAUUUGAGGAGGCAGAAGGAGAAACUGGAGGAAAAGAUAAUGGACCAGUAUAAGUUUUAUGAGCCCUCGCCUCCACGCAGACGUGGAAACUGGAUAACUCUAAAGUUGAAGAAGCUGAUGAAAUCCAAUAGCCGUGACCAUGGACUUGAUCGCCCACCCACCCCCACACACUCAGGCGUUCCCGUGUCCCGCCUCUCAUCUCACGACAACAGUUCCUUCAUCAGCUCAGAUGGCUACGGAGGCUCAACCUCCACCGCAGCAGGUGAUGUCGUCUCACCCCGGCGUAGCAGCACCACUCUGAAAAUGUUUCCCCGUAUGAGGAACAGGCUGAAGGACAGAGACAAAGUCAAGUCCCUCUUCCGUCGUUCUAUGUCCUUGAGCAGCUUAUCCUGUCCCCCGGUCCCAUUUAAGGCCCACCAAUGGGCUGAGAGUUCAGAGCAGCUGGAAGGAUCAGAGGCUGAUGUGGAUGAGGGCAAAAAACACCCACUGACCUCAUCUCUUACCACCUCCAUCUUAUCCAUCCUCCACCUUCAUCAUCCCACCACUCUGACAUCUGGCCAUCCCACCAGCCACAUCACUGACACUGUUCCAGAUGUUUCUGAGCUCUGUGUGACAGACAAGGAUUCAAACGAUAGGAUUGUGCCGUGUGGAUUUGAGGACAAUGACGAGCUGCAAAAUCACGGAGUUAAUGGGGUCCAGAGUCGGGCCCAAAGUGAGAGCAGCGGUGAGUUCAGCCUGAGCAUGGAAAAUGAGCCGUGGUCAAACGGCAGCAGCCCCGUCCAGCAGCCACCGUCACGACGCUCCUCCUAUCAGGCACCCAGUGAUACCUCCACUCCUCAGCAUAGCACAAAGCAGCAGCAGCACAAAGAGAAAUCCUCCACAAUGCCUACUACCAACAGACAUAUUUUAGAUGUCCAGCCUACACCUAAACAGAAAGACGCUGCACUGUCUCAGGAGUUCUGGCUCACCAGGGGUACUAAAAGCAUACGAAAGGGGUCGAUAGCAAAGGUUACUCGUCGAUCAUCAGAUUCAGGAGGCACAGCGAAAAUUAACCAAGGGCUCAAUGGGAUAAAUUCAAAAUCAAUUGCUAAGGAAACUGAAGUUACACGAGCCUCUGCGUGUUCACCAAUCACAGUGCUGUAUGUUCAGGGUAAGUCCUCAUCAAUGUCUGGCUGCCUCAAUUGCUUUUCCACUCCUCAGGACAAAGACAAGAGGUUGAAAGUACCUAAGUCCCCUAAAAGCCUCCCCCGCGCUAGCAGUGUCAUUUCUACAGCAGAGGGCUCAUCCCGACGCUCCAGUUUGAGCAGCGACUGCAGGGUCAAGGCUGAUCCACUCCCUGUCCAGGUUUCAGAGGAGAGCAAUAAUCAGGAGGACACGGCGAGUCAGCAACAACAGCCAGAACCAGACACAAACAACAGUGAACCUGAGACAAUGCCACCUGUCAAACCUCCAAGAGACCCAGCGCUUGUUGUUCCAACAGACAGCACCAAACCCCCUGUGCAGGAGUCCCUUUUUGGCUCCUCGUUCACUUUUAACACUGUCUUCUCAAACACAAUCUUCAGUGAGUCUGUGGCCCCUGCCACAACUGGUCUGGAUGUGCUUGACACCAGCCAGACCUCCCUCUCCCCGAAUCCGUCUCUGCUGCAAAACUGUCCACUUGAGAGCCAGGAAUCUGCUGAGCACGCACCACAGACACUGCUCAAUGUGGAAAACCAGCAGAGUCAAGGUGCAGAAGAUGCAGAUGGGUUUCAAGGGAAGGACAAGGCACUCACACUUGUAUGAAAGGGACCAUAUAUCUAUAUUUACAAAGAGACAUAUGAUGUAUAUACAUCUAUAAAUACACAUAUCUAAAAUAAAGCGGACCUCUGCUUGAGUGUACAUUUCUACU